UUUCAUCCCCACCAAAGGCUGAAUUUUUGAUAAUAUUUUAAUCGUCUUCAACAACGGUCGCCGUCGGUUGCGCCGCACUCUUCCACUCGGGUUGGGGAUGGGAUGAAAUGGUUGGCGCGCCGGACAAUAAUUGAGUAUCAUUACUUUCAUUUCCUUCCAAUAUCCUACUCAUAGUGCUAAUUUAUUUAAAUUGAAAUUCAUCAGGUUGAUUGCUUCCCUCUUCGCCAUAAAAUUGUCCUAAUCAUUCAUCCUACUCUGAUCGCUUUGCCCGGCGUGUGUAUAUAAACUUGUCGAAUGUUACUCAAACACAUCAUUUCGUGUUUCGCGAACUACUCGUGUUUUCCCAUCUGCAGUAUCGUGUUAUGAACAAUUAGUUCCCAAGUCGAUUGAAAAAUUUGAGGACUUACCUAAAUUCAUCUGGCAUGAUAUGGACACUGUGCAUGCCGGCGUGUGCCGCCGAUCAUUCGGCAAUUAGUGCUCUUUACUGCACUGAAUAGACUUCCAACUGAGAAAAUUUGUGCAUGCUUCCAUUCUUCGACAUUUAAAGGUGAAGAGUAGGAUUCACCUGUGGAUUUCCUGAAUGCGGGUUAUCAUUGUAAUUAUCCUCAAAGGAUUGUAUAAAAAUCUACAACUGGUACAACAGCAGGAAUGCAUAGCCUACUGCCACGGCUGCCAGGAACCCAUAUUCGACCGGUUCAUCUGGCAGAUCCUCGACCUGAAAUGGCAUGCCGAUUGUCUAGUGUGUACCGUCUGCCAUCAGCGCCUCUCCACUAAGUGCUACAACAAAGAUGGAAAGAUCCUUUGUAAAAACGACUUUUUCAAGACCUAUGGAACCAAAUGCGCGAGCUGCGAGCAAGGCAUAGCACCGGAUGACCUGGUACGGCACGCAGGGGAAUACGCCUACCAUGUCGAGUGCUUUGUUUGUUAUGUGUGCGCCAAGAAUUUCGCCACCGGCGAGGAGUUCUAUUUAAUGGAAAACAAGAAGGUGGUGUGCAAAAUGGAUUACGAUAAUUCUAAGUCCAAAGCUUCAUCAGAGACGUCGAACAAGCGGCCAAGGACAACAAUUUCUGCCAAACAACUGGAAACGCUCAAACUAGCUUACAAUGCCAGCUCAAAACCUGCUCGUCAUAUUCGGGAACAGUUGAGCCACGAUACCGGCUUGGAUAUGCGUGUUGUUCAGGUGUGGUUCCAAAACCGGAGAGCAAAAGAAAAACGCUUGAAAAAAGAUGCAGGACGUAAUGGGUGGAAUCCGUAUUUCCACGGCCGAGCUGGAGGGAAGAAAUACGACCUGGACGAUGACGAUAUGCUAGACGACGACUCAUGUAGCGACAAACAAGCAUUUGACGCACGCUCCGGAAGUCACCAUAGUGGAUAUGUGGAUGAUGAAGACUCAUCGGAUUCAUAUGGGAAAAUGUCAGUCUUCUCCUCCCCCGAUCCGACCCGUUCUCAUCUCAAUCCAGCAUUUGUUAAUCCUGCUUUCCCGGUUGGUCCACCUAGCGACGCCUACCGUGAUUCGCCUAGUUAUUUUCCCCAGCGCUAUCAAGCCGUUCCACCAGGCACCGGUUACUCAUGAUUGUUGUAAAAAUUUUACCAAAAACUGGAUGAUCAAUAACUUUUCACAGAGUUAUAACCAAUCUAUAAUUAGCUCUUUCUAAUCUACCUGUAACCAGUUAACAACUAACAACGAUUAAAAGGUUUGCCCUCUUCACGCGGAUGUCUAUGCUGGACAAAUGAACUGGUUGCG